UUACCUGUGUGGAUCUUCAUUUUUUGGUUACCCUUUUUGUUCCUUUUUUGGUUAUCCUUCCCCAGAGAUUAUUCUUCCCAAUUAACCAAUAAAUUCGUGGAGGGACAAUAUGGAGGGUCUCAGGGAAAGCUUCAAAGACUCCAGUCUGAAAGACGUUAGAGAAACCGCCCAUCAUGUGAAACACAAGGUCGGAAAAUUCUUCAACAUCCUCAAUCCCAAUCAUCGCCACGAUGAAGAGCACGAGCAGGAGUGCGACAAGAAGCGCACUGCCAUCGCCGAGUCCCAUCGCUUCAAUUCCUUUGCCCCCAUCCGCGACAACAACAAGGUCAAGUGGUAUGUCGAUGCGCUGGACUACAUGUGGGCGGUCUCGAUCGCGCUCGAGAAGGCUGAAAAGGUCAUCUAUAUCGAGGAUUGGUGGUUGUCGCCGGAACUGUUCCUGCGUCGGCCCCCGUACAUGGCCCAGGAAUGGCGGUUGGAUCAGGUCCUCAAGCGCCGCGCUGAAGCGGGGGUGAAGAUCUACGUGAUCGUUUACAAGGAGGUCAACCAAGCUCUCACGUGCAAUUCCGCCCAUACCAAGCAUGCGCUGCGCAACCUCUGUCCCGAGGGAACCCCGGGGUAUGGAAACAUCAAGGUUCUCCGCCAUCCGGACCACAACAUCUUCGAGAAUGCGGCCGAUGUGGUCUUCUACUGGGCUCAUCACGAGAAAUUCAUCGUGAUUGACCACUCGCUGGCGUUUAUCGGAGGCAUUGACCUGUGCUUCGGCAGAUGGGACGCCAACCAGCACCCCUUGGCCGACGUGCAUCCGUCCAACAUGAAGGACGAGGUCUUCCCCGGGCAGGAAUUCAACAACAACCGCAUCAUGGACUUCCAGAGCGUGGGAGACUGGCAGGCCAACGAGCUGAGCAAGGCCGACUACGGCCGUAUGCCCUGGCACGACGUGGCCAUGGGUUUGAUCGGAGACAGCGUCUACGAUAUCGCCGAGCAUUUCGUUCUGCGGUGGAACUUCAUCAAACGCGACAAAUACAAGCGCGACCCUUCCGUCGACUGGCUGACCCUGGAGGGCCGUUUGGAUGAGGAUGAGGACCUGGUCGGUGUCCAGCGCCCCAAGUACCCCUGCGGCGAUUACGUGCAGCACCCCAUCGAUGGCCUGGAGUCGACGGUUCGGGGCAACCAGGGUACCUGCAAGACGCAGAUCAUCCGCAGCAGUGCCGAUUGGAGCAGUGGCAUUCUGGUGGAGCAUAGUAUCCAGAACGCCUACAAGGAUAUCAUCAGCAAGGCUCAGCACUUGGUCUACAUUGAGAACCAGUUUUUCAUCACCGCUACCGGCGAUCAACAGGCACCGAUCUUGAACACCAUCGGCCGCUCCAUUGUGGAUGCGUGCGUCCGGGCCGGCAAGGAAGGACGCAAAUUCCGCGUCGUCAUUGUCAUUCCCGCAAUCCCUGGGUUCGCCGGUGAUCUGAGAAAGAACCAAGCGACGGGUACUCGUGCGAUCAUGGACUACCAGUACAAGUCGAUUCACCGCGGCGAACACUCGAUCUUCGGCCAGAUUUCCGCCCAGGGAGUUGAUCCCAAGGAACACAUCUUCAUCUUCAACCUGCGGGCAUACGACCGCAUCAACAAGACUCCUGCCCUGGAGGAGCUCGAGACCGAGGCCGGCGUCAACUACAACGACAUCCAGCGUGGUAUCGCCGAGUCUAUCAUGAGCGAAGCCGUUCACCCCGCCGUCGACAAGGAGGGCGACGAGACCGAGGUCGGCUACGACGGUGCGGAGAAGGAGCGCCAGGAGCGCCUGGACAAGCUGCGCAAGUACGAGGAGCAGUGCGAGCGUCACCAGAACCUCUACAGCGGCAAGAGCAAGGAUACCGUGGCCCACACGACGAUGCUCAACGAGGGCAAGAUGUCCGACGAGAUCUGGGAGGGCGACCCGGAGAACGAGAAGAACAACUUCGUCCAGGAAGAGCUGUACGUGCACGGCAAGGUGUGUAUCGUGGAUGACCGGAUUGCCAUCUGCGGUAGCGCAAACAUCAACGAUCGAUCCCAAGUCGGCUUCCACGACAGCGAGCUCGCCAUCGUCGUCGAAGACCAAGACUUCAUCGACAGCGAAAUGGACGGCCGACCCUACCAAGCCGGCCGUCUGGCCGCCACCCUCCGCCGCCAGCUCUGGCGCGAACACCUCGGCCUCCUGCCAUCCCAGAACUACGACGCCUCGGAGCACCCCAACGCGCAGCCGCCGAACGUCUGCAUGAACCACGUUCUGCGCGACGCGGAGAACGAAUUUGUCGCCGACCCGCUCAGCGACGGCGUGUGGCAGAUGUGGACGGAGCGCGCGACGGUCAACACCGAGACGUACCGGACGCUGUUCCACGCGGACCCAGACGACAACAUCCUCACCUUCGAGGACUACGACGCCUUCUCCCCGCACAACAGCAACAAGCAGGGCCACCUCUUCGACCCCUUCCAGCCUGCUCAGGAUGUGCGCGAGAAGCUGGACAAGAUCAAGGGCCAUCUUGUCUGGAUGCCGUUGGAUUUCCUUAAGGAUGCGGAGAUGGCGGAGCCUGGGUUGCAGGUGAACCAGCUUACGGAGAGUAUCUACACUUGAUUUAUCUACAUUUGUUUUGGUUAUUUUAUUCUCGUGUCGA